GAGCUGGAGACGGACUGGACGGAUCCACCGACGAGGCCUUCUGCUUCUUCUGCAAAAUUUUGAUGUAUUGAGAAGAAAAGAUAGCUGGCCCCUCAGAGAUCAACAGACAACAGGUUACUGUAAUGGAAAAGUUUGUGAGAAAAUGCACCAACGAUGCCAGAAGUCCACAGAAGAAGAUCAAACUGGAGAGAGAUGAGCGGAUGAAGCAGGAGGAGGAGGAGGAUGAAGACGAGUUCUCCCAUCCUGUUCCCUGGCAGAAAAUAGAGUCAGAGGGACUGGACUGUGAUUAUGCUCUGCUGUUCUCCAAAGAGGAAGCAGACCGCCUUUUUAAACAGCUAGAGGAGGAGGUGGUCUACUCAACAGGAGAAGAAGCACAGGUGCAGAUUUUUGGAAAGGUACACAAUAUACCGAGAAAGCAGGCCACAUAUGGAGAUGCAGGUCUCACCUACACUUACUCUGGAGUGACGCGUUUAGCUUGCCCAUGGACUCCAACUUUGGAAUAUAUUCGGGAUGCUGUCACAAAAACAACCGGACAAACGUUUAACUUUGUUCUGGUCAACAGGUACAAAGACGGGCAGGAUCACAUGGGUGAGCAUCGGGAUGAUGAGAAGGAGCUGGAUCCCCUCUGUCCCAUCGCCUCUGUCUCUCUCGGAGCGCCACGAGACUUUGUCUUCCGGCACAGGGACGCUCGAGGAAAACAGAGCCGCAGACACAUUGAUCCUGUGAAGCUGGAGCUCGCUCAUGGAAGCCUGCUUCUCAUGAACUCGCCCACCAACACUUUCUGGUACCACAGCCUCCCUGUUCGGAAGAAGAUUUCCCAGCCUCGCAUCAACCUCACCUUUAGACGCAUCCUACUGGACAGAAAGAAAUGACCAAGCAUGGAUUAUCAUCGGGGUCAGGGCGUCAGCACAGUUUCAAGGAGGGCACCAAGGUCAGUUUCACCAACCCAGUAUCUGACCAAAUGUCUCCCCUUUUGUUCCUCAGAUGUUGAAUAUGGACAGAAAAGUUUUUUGCAGAACAUAUGAUGUCACAGU